UCCCCACCCUCUCUCUCUCUCUCUCUCUGUGGUCGACAAGGCAAUGCCUCCAUCGGCGAGAAUCUUGCAGACGAGCUCCGGCUUGCUUCCCGUUUCGGAGCCUCCGGAGCCGUUGUCGGUGGACUCCGACGUGGUGGUGAUACUGGCGGCCCUGCUCUGCGCCCUGAUCUGCGUCGUCGGGCUCGCCCUCGUGGCGCGCUGCGCCUGGCUCCGGCGGGCCUCCCCCGGGGCACGUCCCGCGCCGCCGAGCAAGGGGCUCAAGAAGAAGGCGCUCAGGGCGCUGCCCAAGGUGUCUUACGGCGCCGCCACAGCGGCGGGCGGGAGGCUCGCUGAGUGCCCCAUCUGCCUGGCGGAGUUCGCGGAGGGGGACGAGAUCCGCAUCCUGCCACAGUGCGGGCACGGAUUUCACGUCGGGUGCGUCGACACGUGGCUCGUGUCCCACUCGAGCUGCCCCUCCUGCCGCCGCGUCCUUGUCGUCGCCGCCGACGCCGCCCAGCCGUCGCGGUGCCAGAGGUGCGGUGCCAGCUCCAGCGACGCUGCUGCGGUCGCCGCCACAGCGGCAGCUGAGGAAGUGGCCAAGGCUCGAGAGGACGGCGAUGCCAAUAGGUUCCUCCCCUGAGUCCUCCUCUCCUUUUCUGCAACUUGUCAAGUAAACAAGAUGCAAUUUCUCUGCUUAGGGUUUGGACUGGGCGGUGGACUAGACCGCCAUGUGUUUGUAGUAUGGUGCCUUAGGGUUGUAUAAUAGUGUAGAAUUCAAACCAAAGAAUGAUAAAAAGUCACUUUUGGUGAAGCA